AAGCCCUUGGCAGAGACGCUGCAUGCCCUCCCAUAGAACAGCUGCUGGCAAGUCCAAAAGGAGUCUUCGGUCAAGGUAUCCAAGUCACCUGCUCUGUUGUCUGUUCCUGCCUGCUGUCACUGACCAUAUCCGUCAUGCCCAGGGGACAGAAGAGUAAGGCCCGGGCUCGUGAGAAACGCAGCCAGACCAAAACUGAGUUUCAGGAGCUUGAGGAUACUCAGACCAUGGCACCAGAGAAACAAGAGUCAUCCUCUUCCUCUGCUCAGGCCUGUGGAAAUGCUGUGCCAAGUACCUCUUCUGAAAGCCUUGCCAAGUUGUUUCAAGAAUUGUCUUUCACCACCGCUUUUAGUAUUUGCAUUGCUUGCAAAAGGGCUGAUACAUCGGCCAAGAGCCGACGGAAGAAAAAUAUGAGUUCCUCCACGGCGGAGCAAUCCAAGAAGAGCCCACAGCAAGAUCUUCUAACAAGGAAGACCGGGAUGCUGAUGGAGUACAUGCUCAGCAAGUACAAACAGAAAGAGCCCCUGCUGAGGGAAGAAAUGCUGAAUGUUGUCACCAAAAGUUUCAAGGAGCAGUUCCCAGAGAUCCUUAAGAAAGCUUCCAACCGCAUGGAUCUGGUUUUUGGCCUUGAGAUGAAAGAAAUCCAGCCCCAUGGUCAAUCCUAUGAGCUUGUCAGUAAGCUAGAGUUCCAGGAUGAUGGAAGUAGGAGCAGUGAGCUGGGUCUUCCUACCAGGGGCAUUCUGAUCCCUCUCCUGAGUGUGAUCUACUUAAAUGGUUACUUUGCCCCAGAGAAGGAGAUCUGGCACUUCCUAAAUAUGUUAGGAAUCUAUGAUGGGGUCCCACACCUCAUCUUUGGGGAUGUGAGGAAGCUCAUCACUGAAGAUCUAGUGCAGGAAAAGUACCUAGAAUACCGUCAGGUUCCUGAGAGUGAUCCUCCAUGCUAUCAGUUCCUAUGGGGUCCAAGAGCCUAUGCUGAAACUAGCAAGGUAAAGGUGAUGGAAUUUUUGGCCCAAAUCAAUGAAACUGACUCCUCUACCUAUCCAUCCAAUCAUGAAGAAUCUUUGAAGGAAAAAGUUAGAGCCCAAGCUGAAGGUGCAUCUCAGGGAAGCACUAAGUCCAAGGCCAAGAAACAUUCUUAAACCAAGACCAGCCUCCCUAUACUUGCUAGUGAAGUCUAAGGUAGUCUAUACUAUGUGAUUGAAAGAGCCUGCUACUCUGUUUUUGUGAUGCUCAAAUUAGUUGUUGAUAAAACUGUUUAGUGUCUUUUAUCAAAGUGUUUACUUGAAGUCAGAAGUUACAUAGAAAUAAUAUAAUAAAUUGUGCCUUCAUUGCUGUUUACCAAGUUGAGGGCUAAAAGUUUGUUUUGAUGUGAAAUAUUAUUUGAAAUUUCAUAAUUAACUUUGGAAAUGUACCAUAAGGCAACGUGGGAUUAGAAUAUAAAUGUGCUUGAGAGUAGGAGAGAAAAGAAGUUAGAGAAAAAGUAAUAGACUUUCAGUUCAUGUGUUGUAGUA